GUCCACAUGGUGGAUAUGUGAUUCUUGAUGACAUUUCCUUCUCUCCAGAGUUCUGUAAUGCAGGCUCAGAGCCAACAUUUGAUCCAUCUGUUGCGAACUGUGACUUUGAGUCAGGAUAUUGUCGGUAUGUCCAGACACAGAUAGACAGUCCACUGUGGAGGAGAGUGUCUGUCCGGCCCAACAUCUACACCGCCGGAGACCAUACGACAGGAGCAGGAUCCUUCUUGUUGGCAAACUCUCGCUUCAGAUUACAGUCUGGAUACGUCAGUCGUUAGUUUGGCAGGGAAUCAGAAAUACUGCCUAAAGUUCUUCUACUCCCUGCGAGGUCUCAGUGGAACAGAUCAAGUCUUGUCGGUGUAUCUGUAUUACAACGACGGUUCUAAACAAGAACAAAUAUGGACCCAGAAUUAUAAGAUAAGAAAUGUUUGGAUUGCAGUAGAACUGACCAUUCAAAGUCAGAAGAAUGCUCAGCAUCCUCUGUGUCAGUCCUGUCUCACUGUGACUUUGAGGCUGGUCUGUGUGGAUUCACUCAGGUUAAAGAAAGAGACUCAGGUGACUGGAUGCUGGCCAGAGGACCCACACCCACAUCCUACACAGGGCCCAGAGGAGAUGUGAGGAGCCAUCUAGUGCUUAUGUGUUGUAAGCACCCGUCAGCCAAUCGCAAGGAGACUUACCCGCAACACAGGCACGAAAUGAAAGUGAUGUCGCGGCGCUGCUGCUGAACACCUAACGGCGGAGUGGACGGGAAGAGAAAUGGACCUGCCGCAGAAGAGAAACCGAAUAAGCCAUGAAUUCACCAGCUGCCAGCCCUCCACCCGCGAGGCUGCACCCUCCAGCAGCACGAAAGGCCAAGCGGGAGGCUUCGUGGAGGGCGCCAUCCUCCGCAUCAGCAUGCAUAACUUCCUCACAUACGACCACUCGGAGGUUUUCCCGGGACCCAAGCUGAACAUGAUCGUGGGGGCCAAUGGCACAGGGAAGUCCAGUAUAGUGUGCGCCAUCUGCCUGGGCCUGGCGGGGAAAACAGCCGUCCUGGGCCGAGGAGACAAGGUUGGUCUGUAUGUGAAGCGAGGAUGCAGCAAGGGUUCAGUUGAAAUUGAGCUAUACAGAGCGAGUGGCAAUCUGAUAAUCACCAGAGAGAUCCAGAAAGAGAACAACCAGUCGACAUGGAUGCUCAAUAAAAAACACGCCAGUCAGAGGGCUGUGGAGGAGGCCGUGAAAGAGCUGCACAUUCAGGUCGGGAACCUGUGUCAGUUCCUACCACAGGAGAAGGUUGGUGAGUUUGCUAAGAUGAGUAAUAUCGAGCUUCUGGAAGCCACUGAGAAGUCUGUCGGCCCACCAGAAAUGUAUGAGUUUCACUGCGAGCUCAAGACGUAUUGUAGCAAAGAGAGCAAACUGGAGAAUGUGUGUAAGGAGAAAGCCAACUUCCUAGAGAAGGCCAGACAGAGUAAUGAGAGGAACAAACUGGAUAUGGACCGCUACUACACGAAGACGAAACACUUGGACAGGAUCCAGAUGCUAGAGAAGAAGAAACCCUUGGUGGAGUAUGAAACAGCACGUAAAGAGCUCGAGGGGGUGAAGAAGGAGAGAGAGGAAAUGAAAAGGAAGCUGAAGUCUCUGAAAGAAGCUCAGGAGCCGCUGCUCAGGAAGAUCCGCUCGGUGGAGAGUCAGCUGCAGCCCAUCGAGCACCAGAUGAAGGAGUUGACUGCUGAUAUCAAAGGUGCAUCACAGAAAUGUAAGCAGAAACACGAUCAGCUUGAACUGAGGAAUAAAGAGGUUGAUGACAUCAGACAGGACCUGAGUCUGAAGCAGACGGAGGAGGCGGACCGGCAGAAGCGGAUCGGACACACGCAGCUCAUGAUCAAAGACCUGCAGAAGGAGCUUCAGCACAUGGGCAGCAUGGGGGACGUCACGCCUCAGAUCGAGGAUGUUAACGCAGAGCUGAAGAACAUCCAGGACGAAAAAGCCAAACUGGAGGGCGAGAGUUUGGACCUGCGCAGAGACAAAGACGAAGCCUCUGGAGAAUUACACCGUUUGCAGAAUCGUCUGAGGAGUCUGGAGGACAUGAUGAAGAUGAAAGAGGAUAAACUGCGCGUCCGUUUCCGUGACACCUACACCGCCCUCAAGUGGCUGAGGGAUAACCGUGAUCGUUUCAAAGGCAACGUCUAUGAUCCCAUGAUGCUGGUGAUUAAUGUCCGUGAUGCUCGGCACGCAAAAUACGUUGAGAGUCAAAUUCCUGCCAACGACUUGAGAGCCUUUGUCUUUCAGAGACAGGAGGACAUGGAGAAGUUCAUGACAGAGGUGCGAGACACACAGAGGCUGCGAGUUAACAGCGUCAUCGCUCCAGCGGAGUCCUGCUCUAAACGACCUCCAUCACGACCCCUGGAGACUCUGAAGCGUUAUGGCUUCUUCUCGUAUUUGCGUGAGCUGUUCGAUGCUCCUGAGGAGGUCAUGAGUUACUUGUGCCAUCAGUACAGAGUCAAUGAUGUGCCUGUAGGAACAGAGAAGACCAAGAGCAUGAUCGAGAUGGUGAUCAGAGAGCUUCAGUUGAGGGUGAUCUACACAGCGGAGGAGAAGUACAACGUGAAGAAGUCCAACUACUCUAAUAACGUGGUGUCCAGUAACUCGGCCCUGCGACCCUCGCAGUUCCUCACUACGACCAUAGAUGCAGACGAGAGACAUCAGCUGGAGGAGCAGCUGAGGGCAGCAGAGAGGAAGGUGCAGAGAUGUGAUCAACGGAUGGCAGCCGUUCGUGAGCAACUAACUAAACUGGACCGCCAUGAUAAUGAGCUGCGUGCUAAGAAGAAGAAACUGUCUGAGCUGAAAGGCAAGAAGAGACAGCUGGAGCAGAAAAUCAGCACAAAACAGGACAGUUUGCGGCAGAUGGAGCAGAACGAGAUCAACUUGCAGGCAAUUGAAGAGGAAACGAAUACCAAGAUCGCGGCUGUAAACAACAAGAAAGUGGCCAUAAUGGAGGAGUAUCUGAGUCACAUGCAGAUGAAGGCCAGAAUGAGUAUGGAGAAGGUGUACUUGGCUCUCCAGAGCGCAGGUGUCUCUGCUGAGAAAACCAAGCUGGUGACGGACUGCAGGGACAGUUUAGCUGAACUCAAGCAAGCAGAGGGGGUGUACACCAAGUUGGACCAGAUAAAGACCAAUCUGUUGGCCAAGUGUAAGACCCUGAUGAGUAGGGCCAGUGCGAUCUGUAAAAUGAGCCCCGGAGAGACGGCCGUCCCAGAUGAACUACACAGAGCCUUCAGCCAGUUUCCCGAUACACUGGAUGAGAUUGAUGCCAUGUUGAAUGAGGAGAAGACCAGAGCCGAGUGCUUCACCGGCCUCAGUGAUACUGUGGUGGAGGAAUAUAACAGACGUGAGCUGGAGAUUAAGAACAUGGAGAAGGAGCUGGACGACAAGACCAACGCUCUGAGAACCUACAGACAAAACAUUGCUGAGGCUAAAGAGCGCUGGCUGAAUCCUCUGAAGCAGCUGGUGGAUCAGAUCAACAAGCGCUUCGGUGAUUUCUUUCGCUCCAUGCAGUGCGUUGGAGAGGUGGAUCUGCACUGGGAGAACAAGGAGGAGUAUGAUAAGUACGGCAUCCGUAUCCGGGUGAAGUUUCACAGCAGCGCUCCGCUGCAUGAGCUGACGCCUCACCAUCAGAGCGGCGGAGAGCGCAGCGUGUCCACCAUGCUGUACCUCAUGGCCCUGCAGGAGCUCAACCGCUGCCCCUUCAGAGUGGUGGACGAGAUCAACCAGGGCAUGGAUCCUGUCAAUGAGAGACGAGUGUUUAACAUUGUAGCGAGGACGGCGUGUGGUGUGAACACGUCUCAGUAUUUCUUCAUCACACCUAAGCUCCUACAGAACCUGCAGUACGCGGAGCAGAUGACCAUCCUCUGUGUGCACAACGGACCCUACAUGCUGCCGCCGAACAAAUGGAGCGAGAAAGCCUUUAUCCGACGCGCCAAACGCGGACACAACCGCUGAAGAAACUCAACUACAUGUUGAGCUGUUCAGAGUAGCUCAAGUUCUAGCUGGAUUACCAGUUCAGAUGCUAAGUGCCUUCAUGUCAAAUAUGCAUACAAAUGUUUUUGUUUAAUAAAUGCUACUGCUGUUUCCUUAAAACCAAGUCUAGUGUUUAUUCUCACUAAAGGAGGCAUCUCUAUUAUUAUAAUUAUUGCUCACACAUAGGGUCAGAAAUGUAACAUGAGAACAGUUUUACACAGUAACAUCCAGUGAUGCAAACUGCUCAGGUUUUUUUGGUCAAAUUUCACCAUUUUGAUUUAAUAUAUGCUUUCAAUUCACAUGAUUCAUGCAAUUCAUAAUUGAAUGUGACCAGACAAGAAGCAUUUUUCCAUUUUGUGUUUUCAACACCGGUAUACAAAUAAGAUUGAAUGUAUGGCUAUUUUAAAAUAUAAAUAAUUUUUUUGUUGAUAUCACUGCACUUGUUUGUUUGGCUGUCAGUAUGUUGGAUUUUUGAGCCUUUAUGCAGGUGACAUGAACUCUUGACUUUGAGACAUUGACUCAACUGAUUCGUUCAAAAACACUGAUUCAUUUAGGAAGA